GUGGAAAAAAAAAAAAAAGGGAAAAACUUGGUCGCGCAAAGGUGACGCAUACAGUUAGUCCCUAAACCAGACAUGGCGGUGCUGCUGCGAGCAAUACGCGCAGGAAGGGCAUUUCGCGGCCUGUGUAGCGUUGUGAUGGCACCAACAUCAAAACUGCAGCAUCUCAGUCUUGAAAGAGACUUCCACUAUGCCCAGUGGCUUCAGGAUGAAUCCAAAUCAAACAAAUACACACAUUCUGCUGGGGAUGAUCUAGCAGCUUCACAAGAAGACUCAACAGCUAACCCAGUAGCAGAUGAGUUUACCAGGCCAAGAACUAGUUACCAGGACCAGGGUGAGGAGUAUGAAACAGAGGAACAACUUCAAAGUAAAGUCCUAAAUGCUGCUCUGGAAUUUGUCCCACAGCAUGGCUGGACCAUGGAUUCAAUUGCGGCUGGUGCUGAGACAUUAGGCCUCUCAUCUGCUUCCAUUGGUAUGUUCUACAAUGGAGCUGGAGACCUGGUCCUACAUUUCAUUGCUCAGUGUAAUUCACAACUGGGAGAGACACUAGCUGAACAACAGAAGCAGGUCCAGUUGGGCCAAGCAGAACCAAAGAAGACUACUGACUUUCUAAGAGAAGCUAUUGAGACUAGACUGAGGAUGCACAUCACCUACAUAGAAACAUGGCCACAGGCGAUGAGCAUUCUUCUUCUGCCUUACAACAUCCCAAAAAGUCUGGAACACCUUGCUACUCUUGUGGAUGACAUCUGGUACUAUUCUGGAGACAGAUCUACAGAUAUGAAUUGGUACACUAAAAGAGCAGCACUGACUGGCAUCUAUAACACCACUGAGCUUGUGAUGCUUCAGGACUCCUCCCCAGACUUCCAGGACACUUGGAACUUCCUUGACAACCGCAUUCAGGAUAUAGCCAGCAUGGUCUCUUCUGCCAAACAGAUACAGUCAACGAGCAAAGCCAUGGUACAAGGACUAAUGGGAGCUGCUGUGACUCUGAAGAAUCUCACCAGCAUUAACCAGAGACGAUGAUGCAACACAACAAAAUGGAUCCCAACUUUCCUGUUUGAACAUGAGAUGGAAAUUAGAUCCAAAUAUGAUAUUUAUAUGACAUUAGCAUUUUGUGGUCAUGUGCAGGGCAAGUUUACUUUUGUCUAGUUUUCUCAACUCGUCAAUAUUUACUCUUCUGUUGUGACCAUUUGUCAUCAAUAAUGCAAUUAGUUUUGAUUUGACACUGUUUUUCUUUGUCCUAUUUUAUUAAAAUAAAGUUGUAGACGCUUGACAGGUUGAAAA